GUUUUUCCUACUAAAUUGAAUUUUUAAUUUUAAUUAAUUUCCUUUAAUCCAACAGCUGUAAAUUGAUUAAUUUUCCUGCUAUAUAUAAUCACAAAACCAAAAACUUUCAAACACUUAACCAAACAACAUCUUCUCCAUUACUCAAAACCCAAGUUUUUUCUUAAUGAAGCUUUUUGGUUCAGAAUCAUCUUUACUAAUGGGUAAAGAACCCGUUUUUGAUUUUCUCCUAGAACCCUUUUUUCUUCAUGGGUUUUCUGCUUCAUUACACCUAGUUUUAUUGCUUUUCUUGUUACUCUUAUGGGUACCGAACAGAGUUAAAAAAGCUGGUGGGGAAGGUUCAAAGGAGAGGUUAAGGCAAAGGAGGCUUUUAUGGUUUAAGACAACUCUAACUUGUUGUUUUGUUGUUUCAGCUUUUAAUAUUGUGAUGUGUUUGUUAAGGUUUUUUUGUAGGAAUAGAAAUAGUUGGUCCCAGGAUGAGUUAGUAGCUCUCUCUGAUUAUGUGGUCAAAACACUUGCUUGGGGAGCAAUGUGUGUUUACUUGCAUUGUCAAUUUUCCAAUUCUAGUGAAAAAAGGAAGUUUUCAUUUUUGUUGAGAAUUUGGUGGGGUUUCUAUUUUUCAAUUUCAUGUUAUUGUCUUGUUAUAGACAUUGUUCUUGUCAAAAAACAUAUUUCUUUCCCAGUCCAGUGUUUAGCAUCCGAUGUUUUUUCUGUUAUUACUGGUUUGUUCGUAUGUAUUGUGGGGUUUUGGGGAAGAAAUGAGGGUGAAAUUACCCUCCUUGAUGCGCCCCUUUUGAAAGGAGAUUCUAAUGUUAGUAAUGGUGUAGACUUGAGUAAGAAGAAAGGGGGUGAUAGUGUAACCCCAUAUUCAAAUGCUGGUAUUUUCAGCAUUCUUACAUUUUCUUGGAUGGGGCCUCUUCUUGCUGCUGGCAAUAAGAAAACUUUAGACUUUGAGGAUGUUCCUCAGCUAGAUACUGAUGAUAGUCUGGUUGGGGCGUUUCCAAAAUUUAGGAACAGGCUCGAGGCAGCUGACAGUAAGGGGAGUGGAGUUACCACGCUUAAGCUGGUGAAGGCACUGUUCUUGUCAGCUUGGAAAGAUAUUCUUCGAACAGCUUUGUUCGCGUUUCUGUACAAUGUGGCUUCAUAUGUUGGACCAUCUCUCAUUGACACUUUUGUUCAGUACCUGAAUGGGCAACGGAAGUUUAAAAAUGAGGGAUAUCUUCUGGUUACGGCUUUCUUUGUUGCAAAGCUAAUAGAGAGCAUAUCGCAGAGGCGCUGUUUCUUUAAGUUGCAGCAAGUUGGACUUAGGCUGAGAGCAGUUCUGGUAGCAAUGAUUUAUAACAAGGGUUUAACGCUUGCAUUCCAGUCAAAGCAAAGGCACACCAUCGGGGAGAUCAUCAAUUUCAUGGCUGUUGAUGCAGAGAGGGUGGAUGAGUUUAGUUGGUACAUGCAUGAUCUGUGGAUUAUCGCCUUGCAAGUUGCUUUGGCCUUGUUACUCUUGUAUAAAAACCUUGGGCUAGCAUCCAUUGCAGCUUUUGUUGCAACAGUUCUUGUUAUGUUGGCAAAUAUUCCUUUGGGGAAAAUGCUACAGAAGUUUCAGGACAAGCUGAUGGAAUCAAAAGACCAAAGGAUGACGGCAACAUCUGAAAUACUAAGGAACAUGAGAAUUCUCAAACUUCAGGGGUGGGAAAUGAAGUUUCUGUCCAAGAUUAUAGGGUUCAGGAAUGUUGAGGAAGGAUGGUUAAAAAGAUUCGUUUAUACAAAUGCCAUGACUACUUUUGUUUUCUGGGUUGCACCCUCCUUUGUGUCUGUAGCCACUUUUGGUGCUUGUGUCUUUUUAGGAGUUCCACUUGAGUCAGGGAAGAUCCUAUCUUCAAUUGCAACAUUCAGUAUUCUUCAAGGGGCAAUCUCCGAUCUUCCUGACACAAUUUCAAAGAUAGCUCAGACAAAGGUAUCUCUUGAUAGAAUUGCUUCCUUCCUUCAGCUUGAUGACUUGCAGCCUGAUGUUAUAGAGAAGCUUCCAAGAGGUAGUUCUGAUACUUCAAUUGAGAUUGUUGAUGGGAAUUUCUCGUGGGAUUUGUCUUCUUCUAUUGCAACAUUAAAAGAUAUAAAUUUGAAAGUUUGCCAGGGUAUGAGGGUUGCUGUUUGUGGUACAGUCGGCUCUGGCAAGUCAAGUUUACUUUCCUGUAUUUUGGGGGAAGUACCCAAGAUAUCCGGAACUCUUAAGUUGUGUGGUACAAAGGCCUAUGUUGCUCAGUUGCCUUGGAUACAAAGUGGCACAAUUGAAGAGAACAUAUUGUUCGGUAAGGAGAUGGACAGGGCGAGGUAUGACGAAGUUCUUGAAGCCUGUACCCUCGAGAAGGAUCUUAAAAUCCUCUCAUUUGGUGAUCAGACAGUUAUAGGCGAGAGGGGAAUCAAUUUGAGUGGUGGACAGAAGCAAAGAAUACAGAUUGCACGUGCUCUAUACCAAGAUGCUGAUAUCUAUUUGUUUGAUGAUCCUUUUAGUGCUGUGGAUGCUUACACAGGAUCUCAUUUAUUCAAGGAAGUUUUGCUGGGCAUUUUGAGUUCAAAAACAGUGAUUUAUGUCACUCAUCAAGUCGAGUUUUUACCUGCUGCUGAUCUAAUAUUGGUCAUGAAAGAUGGGAGGAUUGCACAAGCUGGAAAGUAUGAUGAAAUUCUCAAUUCAGGGACUGAAUUUAUGGAACUUGUGGCUGCACAUAAGAUAGCUUUGUCACCCCUUGAUACUGUUGAGGCAGGAUUUGUUUCAGAACAAAGUAUGGGUGAAGGAGAUGGUGCUAUGGAAAGUGCCGAUAGAAAACUGCAGAAAGAAGGAAAUCAAGGUAAUGAAAGUGGUAAAGUAGAUGAUGUUGGGCCAAAAGGACAGCUUGUUCAAGAAGAAGAGCGAGAAAAAGGAAAAGCUGGGUUUUCAAUCUAUUGGAAAUAUAUCACAACAGCAUAUGGGGGAGCUCUUGUGCCUUUAAUAUUGCUGGCGCAGAUUCUCUUCCAGAUUUUUCAAAAUGGUAGCAAUUAUUGGAUGGCUUGGGCGUCUCCUGUUUCUGCUGAUGUCAAACCUCCAGUUGGGAGCUUUACACUAAUAGUUGUCUAUUUAGCUUUGGCCAUUGCAAGUGCCUUUUCUGUCCUUGCUAGAGCCAUGCUUCUUAACACAGCUGGAUACAAAACAGCCACUCUUCUCUUCAAAAAGAUGCAUUUAUGCAUCUUCCGCACUCCUAUGUCUUUCUUUGAUUCCACACCUAGUGGAAGAAUUCUAAACAGAGCUUCUACAGAUCAAAGUGCAGUUGAUUUGAACAUUCCAUGCCAAGUUGGGGAAUUCGCCUUUUCGAUUAUCUAUCUAGUUGGAAUCAUUGUUGUCAUGUCUCAGGUUGCUUGGCAGAUAUUUAUCAUUUGUAUCCCUGUGAUUGCUACCUGCAUUUGGUACCAGCAAUAUUACAUAUCUUCUGCACGAGAACUUUCAAGGUUGGUUGGAGUAUGCAAAGCUCCAAUAAUACAGCAUUUUGCUGAAACAAUUUCAGGAGCAACAACUAUCAGGAGUUUUGACCAAGAAUCCAGAUUCCAAGAGACAAACAUGAUACUGACUGACUCCUAUUCUCGUCCAAAAUUUCAUUUUGCCGGUGCAAUGGAAUGGCUGUGCUUCCGCCUGGAUUUGUUGUCUUCUAUUACUUUUGUGUUCUGUCUUUUCUUUCUGAUCUCUGUACCAGAGGGAGUUAUUGAUCCCGCCAUUGCGGGGUUAGCUGUGACAUAUGGACUCACUCUAAACACAUUGCAAACUUGGAUAGUAUUGAAUAUUUGCGGUAUGGAGAAUCAAAUUAUAUCUGUUGAGAGAAUGCUUCAGUACAGUAAUAUUCCUAGUGAACCUGCCCUUGUGAUAGAAACUAAUCGCCUGGAACGGUCUUGGCCAUUUCAUGGAGAAGUUAAUAUUCUUAAUCUGCAGGUUCGUUAUGCCCCACACAUGCCACUAGUCUUGCAAGGUGUGACAUGCACAAUUCCAGGAGGGUUGAAAACUGGCAUUGUAGGGAGAACAGGCAGUGGUAAAUCAACUCUUAUACAAACACUUUUCCGGCUAGUUGAACCUGCAGCAGGCCAGAUUACAAUUGACGGUGUUAAUAUCUCAUCAAUCGGACUGCAUGAUUUGCGGUCAAGACUCAGCAUCAUUCCUCAGGAUCCUACCAUGUUUGAAGGGACUAUACGAAGCAAUUUGGACCCUCUUGAAGAGUACACAGACCAACAGAUUUGGGAGGCAUUGGAUAAAUGUCAGCUGGGGGAUAAAGUUAGAAGGACGGAACGCAAGCUGGAUUCUACAGUUAGUGAGAAUGGAGAUAAUUGGAGCAUAGGUCAAAGGCAGCUGGUCUGUCUGGGGCGUGUGCUGCUCAAGAAAAGUAAGAUCUUAGUGCUUGAUGAAGCUACAGCAUCGGUUGAUACAGCUACAGAUAAUCUGAUUCAGACAACCCUAAGGGAACACUUCUCUGAAUGUACAGUCAUAACAAUAGCCCACCGGAUAACUUCUGUUCUUGAUAGUGAUAUGGUCCUGCUUCUAAGUCAUGGACUCGUUGAAGAAUAUGAUUCUCCAGCUAGAUUGCUAGAAAACAAGUCUUCAUCUUUUGCACAGCUUGUAGCAGAGUACAUUGUGAGAUCAGAUUCAAGUUUGGAGAAACUUGAAUGAACCAGAUGCUGACAAAAAAUAAGCAUUGCAUUUGAUUUACACUCUACAUUAAUAACAAGAUUAACAGGAUGAAGCAAACUUAGUUGCUCAUACAGCAACUCAUCUUAUCAAAGUAAAUUAUAUAUCUCCUCUCUCUAUAUUCCUUUUUAUGGUAAGGAGUUAGCAGCUGAAAAAUGGCAUUCAUGUUGGUGCAUGGGGCAGCACCAACUAGUCUGUCUUGGCUCAGAUGUGAGUGGUACUGAAGGAAAGCAAUAUCUUUGGUACUUGAUGAAGCUACAAGGUAACAGUUAGGCAACACUUCUCUGCCUCCACUGUCACAUGGGAUGACCAUUAUUCUGAUAGUAUCAUGGGGAAUAUGAUUCUUUAACAAGGUUAAUGAAGAACAAGUCAUCCUCAUUUUCCAAGCUCCUAAGAGAGUAUUGUACGAACUCAAAAAUCGGUUCCAAUAACUGAGGAGCAGAUAAAUCAGAAACAAUACUGUUUUGACAGAAUUAUCUCUAAACCAUGUUAAAGCGAGAAUGUUUCCAGUCUCCAUUUAGAUUUGACAUUUUUGUUUCCGACGUAUUAUUUCCUGGAACUUAGCACCAAUGACAGUAAAAGAGAAAUAGCAUCUUUGGUUCA